AUGGCUGAAUCGUCCGAUACGGCGUCUUCUAGACCUCAACUAGUUGAAGGCCUAGUGGAGGCGGCAAAAAGGGCUUUCGACCCUGCAUCCCAUGAGGGGAGCCGGCAGUCCUAUCUCGACACAUACAAUGGGAUUGUCGCAAAAACUGAAACAUGGAGACUCUUGCCGGUUUUGAACUCGUUGGUCAAGCCCAAUGUUCUUCCUCCAUGGCUACGGAAGCCGCUGUUUCAAACUCUCACAUUGGUGCCAAUGCGCUCCGACGGAGUUCGCGGCACCAUGGAAUUUAUAUUUUCUGUCCACCCCAGCAACCAAGCCGGCGCCAGAGACUCGGAACAGCCUCAAAAGAGCGGUGCAAGCAUCACUCACGAAGCCGUGGCUGUUGCUACAAGACUGCUGUCAACCGUGCCAUCUACUCUGGGGGCCGAGGACUGGUACGGUGCUAUUGCACCUCAGCUAUGUCAACUUCUGGAUGGCGACGCCGGUCCGGAUCUGGCCAAGACGGCUGCUCAGAUCAUUGGGUUCGGGAUUCUUGGUAAGAAGGCAACGGGCGCCCCAGGGGCAGCAGGGUGGAAUGCAUUCGUGCAGCCACUGCUCGAACAGAUCAAUCCGUCCCUCAGAAUGGCAGAAACCGGUACGCUUUUCCCCAGAAGCGAACAAGACAAUGGUGGUUUUGUAGACCUUAGCCGUGGCCGGAUUGUCGUUUCCAGCGUCCAGCUUCACCAGGCACUGAAGCGGCUGCAAGUCCUGAUUUUGUCAAACCCAUCACCUGGUCUAUGCAUGAGGACGUUGAAACCCGUAAUCAUCCAACUUUGGGCACUGGCUUCCAUCUCGAAUCCACCGGCAGCGGUUUCGGAAAAGUACAGCCUCCCGGCCCAAGCUCUAGUGCAAACAUAUCUGAAGCUAUUUGGGAAGACGGAAAGCGUUUGUCCCAUAAUUCGGAACAUUCUUUGCGAAGGGUCUGUCAGCGGGUCAAGCGAUUUCUGGCAAUAUCGAAUCGUUGACGAAUCAAACAUAGACGCCAUUGUUCCGAUCCGGUCCCCGUCAGACGACGCACAUAUGUUGGCAGAGAUAGACACGAAGGCCGAUAAGCUUGUGCAGAUUCUUGCGCAGGCCUGUUCGAACGAGGAACUACCUGCUAUUUUUCUUUUCCUCUUGCAGCGUUGGGUCCGAGUACUGGAGGGGCAGGGUAGUCCCGGAAUUACAACGUCCAGGGACGAAGCGAUGACUUCGCCCGUCACAGAUCUAGCUGAAGUUGCUGUGCUACAACGACUCCUGGAACUGCCCCCGGAGAAGCUAGUUGGUCGCUUUGACCAACUUUUGGACAUCAUUUGUCAGAUUCUCAAGGGCGAUGGCAGCACCCCCCUUGGAGACGACGUCGUUUCGGUCGCACUAAGCCUCCUGAAUCUUGUUGUUACGGCACCGAGCUUUCAGAGAUCGGAUAUCAAGCCGGACUACUUGAAGCAGAUCGGAGACUUGCUUGACAGGAUCAGUAGCUCGGGAAGCUCCGAGGUGUCUGGUACUGCCCGGAACCUGGCAAUGCUGCUCCAGUAUAGGGACGAAGUUGAGCCGGGGCGCGAGAAAUCAGCAUCCGCCCCGUCCCUCCGCCAGAUUGAGGACAAGAGGACUCACAACUUGGCCAUGAGCUACAUCACGGACAGCGAAAGCCCACCGCCGGUUGUUUCAGAGGGUCUCAACAUGCUGUCAAUGCUCAUACUGACGGAGAGUCCGAUCUUGGAUAUCACUGCCAUCACAGCUCUGAUGUCUAGUUUAUUGAAGGACAGUGAAGACUACGUUAUUUUAAGAGUGGUCAAAAUCUUCACGCAGCUGGCCAACAGACAUCCCAAAUCGACUAUUGGAGAGUUGCUCGAUAAUUAUUUCGAUGCCCAAGAAAAGUCUACCACUGACGUCCGUCUCAGAUUUGGAGAAGCCCUAGUUCAGGUCAUCGAGCGGCUGGGUCAGACGUUUUCAGGAGACGUGGCCAGGCAGGCCUCGGAAAUGUUGCUGACUGUUGCUGGUCGACGAGGACACAGGCCAAAAACCAUGGCCAAGCAAGCGCGAGAGGAAAAGCUGGCUGCCUUGAGGCGAUCCCGCGCUUCGAGCAAGGACGACGAGGACGAGGACGAGGACGAGGACGAGGACGUGGACGUGGACCUCGAGGACGAGAAGCGAAUGACGGAAGAGGAGAAGGCCAACAAUGAUAUACUAGCACGAAUCCUACAAGGCUGGGAAAGCAAACGCGGCAGCGAAGAUGUUCGGAUGCGGACAUCGGCCCUCUCCGUGUUUGGUGUUGCGUUGGAGACCAACAUUGGUGGUACUGGACCAGCGCUUGUGUCCGACGCAGUGGACCUUUGUAUCAACAUUCUGGCCAUGGAGAGAGAUGCUCAACACGGCAUUCUUCGCAGGGCGGCCAUCAUGGUUGUCCUCAGCUUCGUGCGAGCAUUGCACCAAGCAAGAGAGUGUGGGCGCUCGCUCGGAUUCGGGCUCACGGAAUCUAGCAAGGGGGAUAUCCAACGGACGCUGGGUUACGUCGCGACCACGGACAACGACGGGCUUGUGCAGCAACAUGCACGGGACGUCGUGGAGAGUUUGCAGAACUGGCAGGCCGGCAGUUUGCUUCCGCAACCAACCGGGACGAGUGCGAGCGGCUUGGCUCGUCUCGCCGGGCUCACUGUCAAUCCGGAAGCAAGCCUUGACCAGCCAUGGGAGCGACGUCGUCCGAGAAUAGAAGAGGUGGAAUGA